AUGAGUGCGGGAGCGCAUUUGGUAAUGAACCAAACCUACCGUGAACAAAAUUUUGAUCGUCUUGUGUCAGAAUGCAGACUUGAUAAUUCAGGAGCAAAUAUGGCAAAUGUCGAGGAGAUGCCAGAAGAUAUUAAGUCCCAAUAUAUAUUCACAGAUGAAGAUAUUGCCAGUAUUACGACCGAUCUUAUGUAUUUAGUUGGUUGGCACGAAGAUCAGGUAUUUUCAGUUUGGGGAAGAUUAAUAAAAUACAAUCACACACAACCAUUAAGUGUUUUUGAACCUUACAGCAAAGAUUUUCCGCGUAAUGGAGUGGAAAUUUUAAGACAAAAACUGGAUCAAAUUAUUGAAAUAAAAGCUCCAGUUCCUUUUUCAGAAAAUAGGGGCUAUUGCCCAUCUCAAGCAUACGAAACACAGUUACAAAAAGUGCCGAUGGCCAAAACACCUCUUUAUGAGAAUUUCAAUGACAUACUACAAUUCGCAAACUCAAAUUCCUCUUCUUCUACAGAAAACUCUACAACUACAGAUUCUACAUCUCAAGGAAUUCAAUCUCAAAAUUCAAAUUUUCCAAAUGAAAAUUUGGAAAAUUCCCAAAAUGCAGAAUCAACUGAUGAUUUUCAAUCAUUAAUAACGCCAAUACAAGAAGAUCAUUUUCCUUCUGCCAACGAACUAAAACAAGGGUUUGAUAUUGCCCAUGAUGUUUUAAUUAGUCCGCCACCUGAGAAUCAACAUCCAGAAAUUGAUGAAGAAGAGACACAAAAAGCAAUUUAUCUAUUACAAAACUUAGACUUUCCUAAGAAAUAA